AUGUAUUGGUCCUCGCUUGCGCUCGCGCUUACCCAUUUCUUCAACGAUGCCGCGGCUUCGCCCUCUCGUGACCUCAAGGCACGACAGUUUGCAACAGCCGCAAUGUUGCGCUUUCAGUGCUCACAGUUAGUCUACGAUCGUAUAGAUCCACUCGUCCAGCCCGGCAUCGCACCCUCAGCACACAUGCACCAGAUUGUCGGUGGAAACGCAUUCAACGUCUCCAUGCCACCACUCGAUCUCGAUCCUAGCACAGAAGCCACUUGCACGACUUGUGAUUUCGCUGAAGACUUCUCAAAUUACUGGACUGCAAACCUCUACUUCAAAGCGCGCAACGGUACCUUUCAACGUGUCCCGCAGAUGGUCAACUUGGGUCUUCAAGGUAGAGAAGGUGUUACCGUAUACUAUAUCCCGCCGUACGAUGGAAAGAGUACCGUUACCGCUUUCCCCAAAGGCUUCAGGAUGCUGGUUGGUGAUCCAGGAUUGAGAGUCAAAGAGGGACAACAGAAGCAGCUUUGCCAUCGGUGCUUCACGAACAAAGAACAAGAUCCCUUCGGUGGCGCGCCAUGUAUUGGGGAGUUUGAUACUGCGGGAUUGCCACCAAAGAUGUGUGGAGGUGGAAUCAGAACGACUAUCACGUUUCCAACAUGCUGGGACGGAAAGAACCUCGAUUCUCCUAAUCACAAAGACCACGUCGCAUACCCAACAUCCGGGUCUUUCGAAUCCAAUGGUCCCUGCCCAGCGACACACCCCGUACACAUGCCUCAACUCAUGUACGAAGUCAUGUGGGAUACCACACCUUUCAAUGACGCGGCCCUCUGGCCUGAAGACGGGUCACAGCCUUUUGUAUACAGUAUGGGCGACGCGACUGGUUACGGUCAACAUGGCGAUUAUGUCUUUGGUUGGAAAGACGGCGCGCUGCAGAAAGCUAUGGAUCAACGCUGCUUUCAGAAUACCUGUACGGGGUUGAAGACUCAGAGUGCUGAUGUAUCGACAAAGUGUGGGGUGCCACAAGCUGUGAAGGAACCGGUUGAUGGGUGGCUUGAGCAGUUGCCUGGUGGGCCGGUGGUGACUUAUGGGUGA